UAAUAGCUUCCUACAUGUAUGUCAUUCAGCAGCAAACCAAGGGUUAAUUCAGCUCUAUAAAAGGCCAGCCUCCCUCCACAGAUGCCAAGACAACAACUCAAGCUUCUCCCAGACAGAGAAGGAGCAGAGAACAGAGAACAGAACGCAACCCAGACAAGCUAACAAGGUUCAGCUGCCCGUCUGACACAAUGAGCUCCCAGUGGUGUGUGUUUGUGAGCAGCCUCUCUCUGGCUCUUCUGAUCGGGGGCCUGACUGACGCCUGCACCUGCGGCCCCCAGCACCCCCAGACUAAGUUCUGCUCUUCUGACGUUGUGAUCAGAGGCAGGAUCGUCGGCAUGGAGUACGUCAACAUGGACAACCAGACAGACGCCCCGCAGUGGAUCCGCUACGAGGUCAAGCAGACCAAGAUGUUCAAGGGCUUUGAAAGAGUGGCAGAUGUGCACUACAUCUACACCCCCCAUGAUGGCGGCGUGUGCGGGUUCGAGUUCAACCUCAGUGGCCCUGCCAAGCAGACUGAGCUGGUGAUGGCCGGGCUGCUGACUGAGGACGGGCGCGUCAUGGUGUCAGUUUGCAGUUUCAUCCAGCCCUGGGACAAGCUGAGCACUGGGCAGAAGCGGGGCAUCAUGUACACCUACAAGGACAACUGUGACUGCAGGAUAAACCCCUGCCACUCCGUGCCCUGCACCCUGACCUCGGAGAGGGAGUGCCUGUGGACGGACGGGCUGUUCUCCCGUGGCUGGGACCAGGUGCAGGCCCAGCAGUACGCCUGCGUCCACCAGGGCGAGGCCGCCUGCGGCUGGGCGCCCCAGAAGCCCCUGCGCCCGGACGCUGGCCUGCGGCGGGCUCCCCAGGCGCAGUGACGCCCCCUGCAGGCUCAGCGGCGGGAGGGGCGCAGACCCUUCACCGACGCGCUUUUAGAAGGUUUCCAACGACGGAGUUCCACAGAUAGAGCCGCCCCCCCAGCACAGCUUACCAGCAGCACCGCGGCUCGUUAACUGAAACUUCCUCGGCUCAGGCCCUCGUCCGCAAGAGCUCUCUCUUCUCUUCUGUGUUUCAAUUCUCUUCCCUUUCAUCAGCGGGCAGUACAGCUCCCCGCUCGGUCUUCUCACAAUGUCUCUGGCAUUUUUAUAAAGAUUUGUUUUAAACGUA